CGUAUGACGCCUUCAAAUGUUGCAGUUGACAUUUAUUAGGCCUUAGAAUUCUUCCUCCGCCCACGUUUGCUGAUUGUUUAGUGGUCACCAUGGCAACUAGACCAGCCUGCCAACUCAAGGAAGACGACGCGAGUCUGAAGGGUCCGAGUUCUGACGGAGCUUUAGCGAUGUCCGCCUCCAAUGAAGAGCAGACAGAAAACACACAAUCAUGCAUCACCCCUGGAAACCCAGUAUUCUCCUGCACAUUUAAUCCGUCCUGUAAAGGUCCAACUCCUACACCGUGGUCCAAACCUCAGAACCCAUUGUACAGGACCACCUCGGGGGAGUACGGAUUGUACCCCCCGACCCCUGAAACCACUCCGUGUACUUUCCACCCGAGAACCCAGAAAUUCACCAACCAUUUGGGAUGCACCGGGAUGUACCGGGACACCUGCUUCAACACCACCGUUGACCGGAGCCGAGUGUACGACUGUCCCAAUUUACAACACACUAUCUGACCGGUGAGACCUUCGUGGGACACCGAUACAUCUUGUCUAUUUCUGUCAAAUGUUAUGUUAUUGGAUGAAGAUUCGGAACCCAAUCAUCCCAGCACUUUGUGGCUGUUUCUAAUGUCAUAUUUCAAAUAAAGACAGCUGGACUGUUUAUGAGGCACAUUUCAUCAAACACUUGAUACAUAAUUCACUGUACUGAUGAACCAUAUCAAUAUUUGGCUUUGAAAAUGAAGGAAAUUUUUUUUGAACAAUAA